AGAGUCCAUGCAGAAGGGCGGUCGUACUUCUCCUGUUGUCCUCAUUGGCUCUCCCGCUUUUCCCAAAACCACAUGUCUCCACAACUCCUCCCUCCUGUGUGACUUCACCGGUGAGAGUUUGACCCAAGUCAUAUGUCUUCCAGUACUGUACACGCUAAAGGCUGCUGCUGUCUUUCGUAAAAAGUGGGAUAUUUAGAGAAACCGGUACGGAAACUUGUCCAACAUGGGACUCGCUGUCGCUUCUUCGGGACAUGUUGGACGGCGUCAAGCGUCAAGAACACCGUGUGCUACAUUUAUUUGCCCCGCUUAAAUUAUCGCAACAGAAUUAACUGGAAACAUCUCUCUCUCUUUUUUCUUUUUUUCUUUUUUUUUUUUGGCGGUGGCUGUUUCUCGGAAUAUUUCCUCAUAUGUGUCUACUGUAACACCAGAGGAAGACACUCCUGUUUCCCCCCGUCUUGAAAUGACAGAGCACAUGCCUCUGCGAGAGGAGUAAAAACUUUUUUCUCUGGGACCGAGAACACCUGACACUCUCCUCCACCUCCACCUCGCCAGCGAUGACCCUCGGCGCGGUGUCCGGAUCCGACAGCUCGUCGGCGGUAAGCUUCUGCUCCUGCUGCGGGGUGAAGAUGGUACCGUAUUUCAGCGACGACGCGGUGGUGUCAAAAAAUCAGAUCAACCAGCUUAUCAGUGAGAGUUUCCUCACUGUAAAAGGCGCAGCCCUGUUCCUUCCCAGAGGCAAUAGCCCCACGCCUAACUCAGCACCUCGUAUCAGCCAGCGCAGGAACAAGCACACAGGUGACCUACAGAAACAUCUGCAGACUAUGUUCACUGUGCUGCGGCCGGAGGACACCAUCCGACUGGCUGUGCGUCUGGAGAGCGCCUACCCUCAGGUAACCCGCUACAUGGUGGUGGUCUCCACCAACGGCAGGCAGGACACAGAGGAGAGCAUUGUGCUCGGCAUGGACUUCGUCUCCUCUGACAGCUGCUGUACGGUGGGUCUGGUUCUACCUCUGUGGAGUGACACAAUGAUCCACUUGGAUGGAGAUGGUGGUUUCAGUGUGUCGACGGUGAGCAGGGUUCAUGUUUUCAAGCCAGUUUCUGUCCAGGCCAUGUGGUCAGCCCUCCAGUCGCUUCACAAAGCGUGCGAAGUGGCUCGCUGCCAUAACUACUACCCAGGCAGCUUGUUCCUGACCUGGGUCAGCUACUACCAGAGCAGAGUCUCAUCCAACCAGUUCUGUAUUAACGAGUGGAACGCCAUGCAGGACGUCGAGUCGCACCGUGCCAACUCACCCGUUCUCUUCACAGACCUUCCAACAGAGAGGGAGCGCACAGAAAGGCUGAUCAAGAUGCGCCUCAGGGAGAUCAUGAUGCAGAAGGACCUGGAGAAUGUGACCUGUAAAGAGAUCCGAACAGAGCUGGAGAUGCAGAUGGUGUGUAACCUGAGGGAGUUUAAGGAGUUCAUAGACAACGAGAUGAUCGUCAUCCUCGGGCAGAUGGACAGCCCCACUGAAAUCUUUGAACACGUCUAUCUGGGCUCUGAGUGGAACGCCUCUAACCUGGAGGAGCUGCAGAACAGCGGGGUACGUUACAUUCUGAAUGUGACCAGGGAGAUUGAUAACUUCUUCCCGGGGAUGUUUGAGUACCACAACAUCCGAGUGUACGACGAAGAGGCCACCAACCUGCUGGAGUACUGGAACGAAACCUACAAGUUCAUCACCAAAGCCAAGAAAGCUGGAGCUAAGUGUCUGGUUCAUUGUAAGAUGGGCGUGAGUCGCUCUGCCUCCACAGUGAUCGCCUAUGCUAUGAAGGAGUACGGCUGGGACCUGGACAUGGCUUUUGACUACGUUAAAGAGAAACGGGCCGUCACCAAACCAAACCCUUCCUUCAUGAAACAGCUUGAGGAGUAUCAGGGAAUUCUGCUGGCCAGCAAACAAAGGCAUAAUAAGCUCUGGCGCUCACACUCUGAUAGCGAUCUAUCAGAUCGCCCAGAGUCGUGUAAACCCUCUUCUCACUCUCUGGGUCGCUCCGACUCUCACAACAACAACACUUCCUCCCCCUCGUUACAUCACUUCUUGGGCGUGGCUGUACUGCAGGCGCUUGGUGCUGAACCCGAAGACUCUGCCAAAUCAAACACCACACACACCUCUGACUCGCACACAGACUCUAAUGGUGUGUGUGACUCACCGGGUCAGGAGGAGGUCGCAUCCGACUGUAGAGACAGCCUCCUGCUCCCCCUCCCCAGACCCCGAGCGGCCACGGUAGUCCCAGAGGAAAGACUGGACAAUUCAGCGAGCGUGGCUGUCACUGUGCCUCUUGCUCUGCCCCACCCUCCACCAUCACUCCACAUCUUACCUCCCACUCCUGAACUGCAGCGUGCUCACCAGCCUCCUCCCACACAUCUGUCCAUUUCAGUGCCCAGACUUAAACCAGUGGAGCUGUCCCUCAGUUUCCCUGAGAGAAGCAGCUCCGAAGAAGUCUCUCCUCUCACUCUGGGAUCCACUGACUCGGACAUAAUAGACCAGUCAUUAUCAGACUUAACGAGCGACAAACACAGUCCACUCAGCCCGAGCAUCCAUCCCCUCCCACUGGUUCUUCCCACUGUCCCCAACAGUGACGACAACAACAACCCCAGCGAGUUACAGAUAGGCAGUGCCUUGGACAGCCGCGGCGAUGCAGACGGGUCGUCCAACCACAGCGCGGACAGCAUAGACUUCUUCAGCGCCAGGGAAAAAUUUCUGGGCCUGGCUCAGGAUGGCAGAUCCCGAACACUUUCUGAGCAGGCACAACAAAGGACGCCUCUCUCACUCGAGGAAGACGAAGAAGAAAUUGACGCGAAGGAAGAAGAGGAAGAAGAAAAUGGGAUGAGUCAGUCUGAAGAUGGCAUUGACAAGGCCACCCCCGACCGAACUCAUCACCCUCACCAUGACAAUGGAGUGUCAGUCCGCCAUAUUGUCACAGAAAUUGAAGCCAUAUGCCACCCUGCCUCCUGCCUUCCUACUCUCUCCUCCUCGUCCUCUUCUUCGUCGUCGCUCCCUCUGUCCUCCUCCCACAGCCCUCAGCUCAUCCGACCAGAACAUCCGCUGGAGGCAGAGAGUCCUGAAGUCGCGCACGGCUCUUUAACGCCGCCUUCACACCCGCAGUCGCCCUCCAUGCUGCCGCGCGACUGGCCGGCAGGCUCCGUGCGGCGAGCCACCAAGCAGCUGGAGCAGAAGCUGAGGCAGGAGAUGGAGAUGGCAGCGUCUCAGCGAUCCCCGCUGCAUUCCCCCAGCGCUGAGCAUCCUCCUGUCAGACUGUCCGUGUGUCCACUGGGCACCGAACAUCCUCCCAUUCGCUUCCCUCAGAACUCCACAGAAAGGAUCACUCAGGGAGAGAUCACGGCUGUAUCUGCUAAGUCCAAAGAUGGAGAGAAGCAUACAGGGUCACAAACAGAGCUUCAGAGAAUCAACUCCUCAGGCAUAGACAACCUCCCAGACCCUUCAUGCUCCCCUAACUCAAAUAUCAGCCAAGUCUCUGGUGCUAUACCUACCACUGAUAGCCAUAUGCUGACAUCAUCGCUGGCCUCUACUAGUCAGUUAGAAGAAUCAUCUCUAGAUACCUCAGCCCAGGCCCAAAAACAGAGCCAACUCCACAGCCAAAACCAGCAGUGUCACACCCUGCCUCAGGCCUGUUCAAACCAAAUGACUCUAGAUGGGGUGACAGUGAAGGAGUCAGACACAGAUGAGAGGCUGGAGUCCAGUUCCCAGGAUGGGCGAGUGGGCUGUGGCCCCGGCUGUGACGCCCAGAGCAGGCUGGCUCGUGGCAGCCAGGAGCUGGAGAGAAUUCAGCAGACACUGAGAGAGCUGCAGGCUUUCCUCCACGAGGGAGUCGGCCUGGAGACGACAGACAUACAAGACCAGGAACUGGGGCAGCCUCAGAGCCUGAAAGAUGCUAUGGACACAGAGCUGGGACCUUCUAAAGUGGCCAGUUCUGAACAGACUCCUCCAGGCCUGGAAGGAGCACAGCGGCUCCGAGAAAGGCAAGAGGGGAAGAGUUUCCUCGAGCCGGCUGGGUGGCACAGAGCCAUGGAGCUCGAGGCUCGUAUCCGGCAGGCAGGCCUCACCCCACCUUCUCUCAUGAAGAGGUCGGCCUCUUUGGCUAAACUGGACUGUCUGGAGCUGUCGGCCAAUGACCUCAGCGACUUAGACCUGAGACCGCACACCAGGUCGACGUCAUCGCACUCUUUUUCCACGUCACCGUGUCACCCCGAUGACACCUGGAAGAAACAGAAAGUUUUGGCUCGAAACGCUUGCAUCGAAAAGACAGGUUUGUCCCACGGGGGUGGGGAUGUGGACGAGUUGUCGUCAUCGUCGUCGUCGUCGUCACCAUCUCUCUGCUUCUCCUCCGCCCCUCAUUGUCAUCAAAGGGAUGACACCCGUGAGAGGGAGGAGCCAGACGGCGGCGGGAACGGCGCGGUCACUACGACACGUCAGCAGGGGAGAGGACACUCAUCGAGACGUUCUCGCAGAGCGUCUGCCGAGAAGAAGCAGCGAGCUGUCACUGUGCUAUACAAUACGAUGUAACCUCAGUGCAAUGGACUGGAACGGACACGACUGGAGCUGCGCUGAUGUGCAAGAGUGACCGCAUGAUUUGUAUGAAUGUGUAGCAAGUUAACUGUAGACCUUGUAUAACCUCCGAUAUGUGUGUGUGCAGUGUGUAAGAACCGAAUGAUGAACAUAUGUUUGCAUGUAAACCACUGGAUGUGUUGUUUCAACUGGAGUUCAGGUUUGUACAGUGAUGAAAUAUGAAUGUCCAAACUAAGACUGAACCAGUGCAUACUGUAUGCACUCCAACGUGUCUGUCUCCCUUUUUGUUUUUGUUUUUUUAACGAAGCAUUUAUUUUUAGUGUUUCACCCUCGUUGCCUGUUCAGAGUUUCAAAAAUGACUAGAGGGGCUUUUUUCUCCAACCAUGCACUUUACUGUUUAGGUUAUUUUCUUUUAUUUGAAAUCUGUUUCUUACCCCGGGGAGAAAUCUUUUUGCACUGAUCUCAGUAUGCGUGUUUUUUUUUUUUUUUUUUUUUGUGUUCAAAGUGGACAGACAUGUCCUUUAUUCAGAUUUUUAAUUAAACCAGGACAAAGCUGAUAUGUUGUUUUGUUUUUUUUAAUUAAGUGCUUUAGCAGCAAAUAAAUACGGUGAGUUUGUUUUGA